AUGGACUCUAACUACAUCGAUCCGAAAUUCCCUCCAUGCGAGGAAUAUUCGCAGAGUAAUUACAUCCCCGAGCCCGGCGCGGAGUUCUACGCGCGCAGGGAGCCGGGCGCGUUCCCCGCGCACCACGCGGAGCUCUUCGGGCAGAGCCGCGGGGCUUUCCCCGAGCGCCCCUUCGGCUGCGGGGGGCUCCGGGCGGCGGGGCACCUGGCGGAGAAGCCGCAGCUCUGCGAGCCCCCGGGGCCGUGCGCGGAGCCCGAGGGCAGCGCGGGGAAGGCGCCCGUGGUUUAUCCCUGGAUGAAGAAGAUCCACGUGAGCAGCGUGAACCCCAAUUUCUCGGGCUCGGAGCCCAAGCGCUCCCGCACGGCGUACACGCGGCAGCAGGUGCUGGAGCUGGAGAAGGAAUUCCACUACAACCGCUACCUGACGCGGGGCCGGCGCCGCAUCGAGAUCGCGCACGCCCUGAGCCUCAGCGAGCGCCAGAUCAAGAUCUGGUUCCAGAACCGCCGCAUGAAGUGGAAAAAGGAUCACCGGCUGCCCAACACCAAAACCCGAACGGCGGCGCCGGCCCCGGAGCCCGCGCAGCCGCCGGAGCCGCCGGGCGACAUCACCCGCCUGUAACGGGAGCGGGCGGGACCGCGCGGGGCGGGAGCCGGGGAACGCCCCUCGUUCCGCACGGCUGAAACGCGCGUCUU